GGUGGGGGGGGGGGGCUGACAAUUUUUAAAGUUAGAUUAUUCAUUUAUUCUCAUGCCGUUAAAGGGCAAAUUCUUCAUUUCCACGAUGAUCAGAGACAGAUUACCUAUUUUUUGUUACUUCAAAAAGGAAAAUUACAUAACUCAAAAACUCUUUAUUUUGUGUGAAGGGGGGGGGGGGGGUUAAAAUAGCACCAGACAGGGACAGAUUACCGUUGAGGACAGAUGAUUUAUUUUCAUAAUUUUUGAGACACGUUAUACAUUUCUAAAAUCUGCUUUUCUUUUGUAAUAUAAAGUCAAGUUCCUUUCUCAUAUUUGGUUGUUGUUUCUUUUUCUUAUUUGUUUUUUUUUUUUAAUUUAUUCAUUUAUUUUUUGUAAUUCAAAGUUAAAGGAAAAUCUAUUGUAUAAUUGCCUAUUAUAUUACAAUAUUUCUUUUCAGACACUGAUUUACAAAUUAACGCCUCUUUACUUUAUUGAUCCUUGAUUUUAUGCUACUCAAAUAUAGAUUCCAACAAAUACCGGAAGUUGUCGUCUGAAGUAGAGUUAUCUUUUCUUGGCCUAAGAGUUCAAAACUGUGCAGCAAGCUGGGAUUUUAUGUGGAUAAAAACUAUUUACAUUGGGAAUAUUUGGAGUAUUUGAGUCUGGAUAAGUUCUAGGACAUCAUUUGCAUUAGUGCAUACGAGGAUUUGUUUAACUUUUUUCAAGCAGGUACGCCCACCACAAACGGACAGAGAAAUACAGAAGGAGUUGCUUCUAAAACACCCAAAGAUAAGACAGUGAGAGCCAACAACCAAGGGAGAAUGUACGAAUGCUUGAAAUGUCCAGAUUUUAGAGGGAAAAAGGGGAAGGCGGAGUCUCACUACUUCAAGAUGCAUGUCGCAGCUGAAGACCUCCCCUGGUACUGUGGUCUUUGUGAUUUCCGAUGUGAAUCGGAGGCAGACCUGAAACAUCACCCAAACAACAACAAGGAUCAUAAGAGGCUAGUGGAUGAAGCCAAAAGCAAAGACCCUGGAACAGAUUGGGAUGAUACACAAUUCUUCAAGAAGAACCUCAAUGCAAAAACCAUUGACAUUGGUACGGACCUUAAGCAAUGGACCAAAGAAGAUUCAAAGCAAUUUUGGGAAGGUUGUAAGACGGAUCAAAACCAAAAGCCAAUGGACACAUCAGCACCAUGCUCUAAUGCAGGUACGCCCACCACAAAACAAUUACAGAGUGGAGGAGAAAAGGUUCCUUCUAUAUGUCCUCUCAAUGAACCGAUGAAUUCAAUUUUGUCACCCAACGAGUCUGCUACCUCAGUAUCUACAUCAGGGGAAUCAAAAACGAAGGCAGUACCGCCCACCAAUAAACGGCGGAAGAAUACAGGAGAAAAGGUUCCUCGUAAGAAACCCAAAGUUAAGGAUGCCAGUGGAGUGGAAGAUUCGACAUCAUCCUCUGUAUCUUCAACGCUGGAAUCACAGACGUCAUUCUCUAUAUCUUCAUCAUCGGAAUCGCAAACAGAGCAAGAAUCUAACACAGAAUCUAUCAACAAACCAAAGACAAGUCCUAAAAAAAAACCAGGCGGAUCAAAACAAAGCCAUCUAUCCUUCCCUAAUACAUCUGCCUCGGGUAAAAAAUCUAACACAGAAUCUAUUAACAACCCAUUGACAAGACCAGAGAAAAAAAAGUCUGCUUCUAUGUAUACAAAAAAAUCUCUUCAAGAAUUGAAGGUUUUUUAUGCAGAGGAGCCUAUGGACAUGAAACUUUUCUUUGAUACGGUAAAAUCAAAAGCUGAUGCCACGGUCACUGGAGCAAAAGUUGAGCAAAUUAUGAACACAUUUAAGCGGAUUACCGAAGAACAGUUGGGAAUGUUCAGUAUAGAUUUAGAUGAUCUUUUCGAAACGAAGAAACAAGGUGAUGAUACAAUCAAAUCUAAGAAAACGAAUGUAAUGCAUCACAUUAUGAACUCGACUGAUGAGAUUAACGAUUUCUCUAAAAUUGCUGUGGAAAAGAAAAAGUACAAAGAUUCCAGGAUAAUCCGGUUGCUGAUCCAUUGGACAACAGCUGUGACAGAGUUCAUGCAGAACUGUGCUGAUGUUGUACAGAGCAUAUUGUUACCAGGGAUGCAUCCGCGUUUAUCUCCUUAUGAUAAAUCAAAAGAGAAAACGCCACGUGAAAUACUGUACCAUACACUGUUCAUGAGUUUUUCAAGAAUGUUCUUGCUUUGUCCAAGGCAGCAAAGAAAAGUAGAAAGAAAACUUGGGAAGAACAUCAUUGGCUGUGAAUCAGAUGUAUGUUUUCUGCAGUCAUUGUUUUCACCAGGUACAGAUGCUCCCCAGCUGGUAAUGAUGUGUGAGGUUAAGAGAGAUCCACCUUCCAAACAACCAAGACAGGAGAAAACAUGGAUAGAGAAUAAAAUUAGUUCCAAAGUUAUGGGGCAAAUUGGAAUGGAACUUCUCUGUGAAAGUGCUGGAUCCUAUUUUUCACCAAAGGUUGCAGGAAUUGUAUGCUUGAGAUCAGAGAUUAUGUUCCUGUUCUUGGACAUUACAAAAGAUCACAUCCAGGCCCUAGAAGAAGACAAAUCUUUGGAAAGAAUGAAUGCUAAGAUAUCAUACACAGAAAUCUAUGACAUUCUAAAACCAGAGGAUAGAUCUAAAUUUAUGGAUAUUCUGUUAUAUUUUGCUGCUAUCCAGAGCUGCAACUUCAAUUCUCUACUCUAAAUCAGGCUUGUAAUUUGUUACUGUGGUCAGUUAAUUACAAUUAUUCAUAAUUCUAUGGUACAUUUGAUUUAAGAUGACCAGACAAAUAACAGCUAGUUCUGUAUAUGUAAUAUAUUGAUCUGCAACAACUAUUAAACAUGCAAUUGUUUGACUUUUUAGCUCAUCUUUCUGUUCACCAUCUGUCUGUAAACUUUUCACCUUCAUCUUCUUCAGAAGCACUGGACCAGUUUCAAUCAAACUUGGCACAAAUCAUCCUUGGGUGAAUGGGAAGCACAAAUCAUCCUUGGGUGAAGGGAAUACAAGUUUAUUGAAAUGAAGGAUCAUGUUCCUUUCAAAUGGGGAAAUAUUCAACAAAGGUAGAAAUAGGAUGGUCGUUUAAAAGCCUUCUUCUCAUGAAGCACACUGGGCCAUUAAGUUGCAAUUAGUAUGAAAUUAUCCUGAUAUAGAGAAAAUUCAAGUUUAUUUACCCCCCCCCCCUCCCCGAGUAGGGUGAGGUCGCAAUAGGUUUGCUGAUGCAGGAUUGAAACUGGGUGCAUAUGUAGAAAAGAAGAAGAAAAAAAAAAAAAGGGUAUAAGUCCUGAAUUGCACAACUCUAGGGUUUUGACUUAAGGAUGGGUCCAAAUUAAUCAUCUCAUUUUAAUUUUACAUAUAUUAUGUCUUUCAUCAGUAUGGGUACUUUCAGGAACAUUUAAGUUUUAAGAGAACAUCUUGUUUUAUACUGCUGCUGAACAUUAGAAUUUUAUACCUUAGAUACACAGUAGGAUUUUUUCUUUUUAAAUUUCUAAGUUAAUAUUCCCAAGUGAUAUUUUUUACUACUACUCAAGUGAACAAGAAGGCCUGUGGGUCUGUUAUAUUUUGUAUAUAGAAUUGUUAUGGCAAGGCCUUUGAUAUUAUACCAUGAUCUAUGUGACGGGGACUAUUUUGAAUUUAAGCAAACUUUGACCAAUUUAAAUUUGAAUCAAACGUGGUACAAAAUACCCUUUUUGUAAAAGGAAUUAACUUUGUUUAAAUGAAUGGUCAUGUCCUUUUGAGAAAGGUGGGGGGUAUGAAAAAAAAGCACAUUUGAUGUGUGUCUUUUAAAUUUUUUUCAAGAACCACUGCACUAGAAUGCCAAUAAUUACAAAGAAGCUUUUUUACGAAGUUUACUUUCAAGUUUAUUGAUACCUUAUUCCCAAGGACUUACAAUGGGCCACUGGUGGAAUUUACAGGGAAAAAAUCGAAUACUGUAAACGUACUUUUUUCCACGGGUUCUUAAGUCCGCGGAAUCACAAUUUCUGUUUAUUCCGCGGGUAGAAAAUUGGGCGGAUUUCUUAGAUUGCCACUUAAUGUACUUCAUUUACUUUAAGUAUGCUGGGAUAAAUUUCCGCGGAAAAUUUUUGACCGCGUACAUAGCGUAAAUUAAUACCGCGCGGAAAAAAGUACUUCUACAGUAUUUCUCUCAGGAAUCAUUCAGCCAAUUUCAACCAAACUUGAUACAAAAUAUCCUUUAGUAAUGGGCAUCAAGUUUUUUAAUGGAGUGCGAGACCUAUUUGCUGAGGGAGAUAUUGGUGGGAAAGAUAAAAAUUGAGUGCUUUUCUUCCAAACUUCAAUACAAAUUUUUAACUGAAUGUUAAUAGCACUGUCCUAUGGAUCUCAGAAUUUCAUAGAUGAUUGUCAUUACAACCUCACAAAAUCUCACAUUACUUUUAUAAAUUAAAAUGUAUUAUGCCAUUCUGGUUCAAUGAGGGCUACAUGUAAUAUUUCUUCUUCACGGUUUUGGUUCAGUGAUUACUCUAAUUUAAUUACUAUUGUUUAUUGUUAACUUUAGUAUUAUUCUAUGUCUUUUAUACGCCCGUCUAAGACGAAAUAUGUUAUGGCGAUCGUAUCUGUCCUUGCGAUCGUUUGUCCUGCUUCGUUUCUGGCUCAUAUCUUAAAUACUAUGAGACCAAGAAUCAUCAAACUUUGUCAGAAGAUACAUCUUGGACAGAGGGUGGGUCGCAUUUUGAAUUAGGUCACUGUGAUCUUUGAUUAAGGCGACACAACAAAAUAUGGCAAAAUCCUGUUUGACUAGUAACUCAACAAUUAUUUGGUCUACAAUCACCAAACUUUGUCGCGGCCUAAAUCAAGGUCACUGUGACCUAUGAUUAAGAUGUUGUGUCAUAUAUGGCAUAACCCUUUUUGGAGUCCAGAAUAAAAAGAAAACCACUUUAUAAAUGUGUGCAUCUGUAGGGAAAUGUAAAUUGCAGCUUAAAGUAGGGUCAUUAUAAAACUUUUUUAGAAUGGUAUUUAUUUAAAAUAACUUCGUUGUAAGGGAAGUAAUCCCUAUAUAUUUAAGAGAGUAAUGCAGUGUCUAAUAAAUUAUUAUUACAUCAAGGAGAUGCAUCUGAUUAGAUCAUCUGAUACUGUGCUAUUGAUCGAGUUUAAUGUAACAAGGCUAUGGGAAUAAUUGGGGCAUUUUUAUACAACCUAAAAUAAGUAAUUCAUACCAUGUGAAAGAAAUAAUCUAAAUGCAUGUUGAAAAAAAUGAAAAUAUGUUUUGAAGUAUUUCUGAAGUUAUUUCAACAAAGUCAAUAGAUGUUUUGACAAGUCAAAUGCAAUGUGCAAUAGACACCUUAAAAGCUUGUAAGGAUUGAUCUUGCUUUUAUCUCAGACCUUAGAGCAGAGCUUUGUACCAAAUAAGGCUUACGUGAUUUUGUGUCAUGCAUUACAGUUAAUAAACAUCUGGUGGGCGUAUCAUGUUUCAUAGCAAUUUAUUUAUGUAAUCAUUGUUCUUUGUUUUAGUUUAGUUUACAUGCGUUUAGGAUAAUUGUACAAAUCAGAUCAGACGCCAUAUACAUGUACAGUAAUGAUAAUAGCUAUUUCAAUUGUAUAUGGUUUUUAUAUAUUGAAUAAUUAUUUAUUGGAUUUGAAUUUUUAAAAAUAGAAGUGGAAUAAAAUUGUAUGCAGUAGUAUAUUUAGCAAUUGAUAUAUAUAAUUUUUUACAUUGUGUACUUUUGAUGAUAUUCAGAACCAAUGAACGUGUACAUGCUUGGUUCUCAUGGUUUAUUCAGUUGUUCCAUAAUAUAUAUUUUUAAUUGUUUUGUUUUAAAAUUGAUGGAAUGUGUGUCGAUAUCUACAAUAAAUUUACAAUGAACAUUUCUAAAUAGCAAGUAAA